AUGGAUCGUUUUUUUCCAGUUAUUCCCGGAGGCGAACCGUGUGGGAUUGCCAUGUCCACCCAAUUUAUGGAACCUGGUGGAAUUUUCGAGUUAUUUGGAUCAUCGGACAUUCGUUCGUUUAUUGGGAACAUCCCGGAGCUCAGCACAGGAGUUAUUCGGUUAACUUAGGUUUAGAUCUCAAUAAAUAUCAAUGAGCUCACCAAGCCUGCAGUUAGCUCAGCUCCUAUGUUUGGAGGACAACAAAACUCUAGCUUUUCCACUACAAGCUCUUCCGCCAGCAGUGCACCUCAGUCUGCCAGUAGUUUCAGCUUCAAGCCGGAUUCUCAGGCACCUAAUGCAGGGCCCAUUUCCAGUUUUCCCACUGCUUCAGGAUUUGCCAACAAACCAGCAAUCGGUUUUAGCAAUGCAGUGACAGGAUCCGCAGCUUCAUUCGCUUUUGCAGGAACGACGGCUUCUGAUGCAGCAUCAUCUGGCUUCAACAACGCAAAGGCAGUUUCGGCUUCUACAUUUUCCUUCGCAUCCACCACCUCAUCAGGUGCUGGAGCAUCUGCUUUUUCUGGGUUUGGGGCAGCCACAACUGCUCUGCCUGCAAGUACAUCUUCUCCCGCCACAGGGGCCUUUGGAGGGACAACAGCGGCUUUUGGUUUUGCACAAAGUACCACAUCGGGCUUUGGGGAGACAACAGCGGCUUCUAGUUUUGGGCAGAGUACUACAUCAGGCUUUGGGGGAACAGCGGCUUCUGGUUUUGGGCAGAGUACUACAUCAGGCUUUGGGGGAACAGCGGCUUCUGGUUUUGGGCAGAGUACUACAUCAGGCUUUGGGGUGACAACAGCGUCUUCUGGUUUUGGGCAAAGUGCCACAUCAGGCUUUGCAGGUGGUCCAAGUACUUCUGGCUUUGGCGGUCUUGCUGCCAAUACAGUAACAUCAGGAUUUGGGGCAAAAACAAGUGCUGUGUCCGAUCUAUUCAAAUCAGGUGCUGCCAGCUCUGCCACUACCUCAAUAUUUGGGCAAGCAUCAGGUGUGUCAGUAAGCCGUCCACCAAGUGUGAGCUCAACAUCAGAAGCCAGCAGUACAAAUCCCGUUUUUACACCACGGUCUGAACUCUCUGACAAAGAACUCUUAGUUUGAAUCCAAGAGGUUUUCACUAGGGAACAUUGCCCUAUGCCCUCCGCCUGCAGAUCUUUUAAAGAGGGGAUAGCAAAGCAAGCCUGUUGAGGUGUUUGCAGUUCAUUUUAUAUAUUAAACAUACUUUCAGAAAUUUGAA